AUGGAGCAGAGCCCUUUCCUAAGCGAGGUGUGCUCUUCGUUGGGAAGCAAGUGUCAUCAGCCUCGCCAAGGUCCAGGUGAGAUGACAGCGGCCAGCAACAUGCAGCCCCCGGCCCCGUCCCCGACCCCCGACCCUGUCCAGGCAGAGGAGCUGGUCAAGGCAGCCGAGGCCACCCAAUCCUGUGCUGGGAGUGGAGGGAUCGCGAGCCCCAUGCAGCCCUCGUUGCCUCCACGCUGCUCGCUGCAGGACCUGCCUCCAGAGAUGCUGUUGGAGAUCUUCGCCUUCCUUCCCUGCACGGACCUGGCCAGCCUGGCCCAGGUUUGCACCCAAUUCCGCAGCAUCCUGCACACCGACAGCAUCUGGAGACAGCGCUGCAGGGAGGAGUAUGGCGUUUGUGAAAACUUUCAGGACUUGGAGGCCAUGGGUAUGUCUUGCCGAGAAUUCUAUACGAAGUUGCUCCACCCAUACAGAAACAUUUUGGGAUUGUGGCUGCUCGAUGUCCGGAGAGACCUGCUGAAGGUAGCGGUGGACGGCUUCUGCAUUACUGGUUGGAGGUACAUGCCUCCUUACUAUUACCUCUAUGUGGAUGUCCCAAAGCCAUGGAAGCCCUCGUUUAGAAUUCGCCUGACGAGGAAAUCUGCCCAGGUGGAAUGCAUGGAAGACUAUUGCAGGGUCCAUGACGGGCACUACAGAAGGCCCCACAUAUGCCACCUGAAGAUUCAGAAGGAUUGGUUCACCAUCACAGAUGAGAUUAUCCAAAAGUAUUUCCCAAAGUCUGUGAGUUACCGUAAUCCUGACUGCCUAACCUACAGCCGCGUCUACCUCCCACCCAGCCACCCUGAUGACCUCAUCAGGCCAGGCAUCUUCCAAUGCAACUAUAAUGCCUACAGUCUAAAGAUUGCCCUGCUCAGCUUCCAUGGGAACUAUGCCAGGGCCACAAAUUUCGCGGGAGACCCCCUCAAUUCUGCCUGGAAGGAGACUUUAAAGAUCCACCUCCUGCACCGCAUCCAGGUGCUAAAUGUGGAGAUCCUCCGCAACCUCGACAUGCUCUCCUGCAUCGUCCAGGAGAUUCACGAGCAGGUGAUCCAGGAGCAGCUUGAGGACAGCGAGGGCCAUAGCAGGCAGAGCCCUGCCCAGCCAAGCGCCAGGGAGUCCAGGGCUGCAACUUUGGAGGAGCAGCCUGCCCACAGCUUUGUUCUGCCUGUGGGUGUGGACUCAAUAGACCAAAACUACCCCCGAACCUACAGGAUGUGUUUCUAUGGCGAAGACAUUGUUUACUAUCCUGACUCCUUCCACCCUCAGCGUUUCCUUGGAAUCUUCAUCCUGUUUGAUGAGAACCAAUUCGGGUUCCUCUGUGUGGAGCGGAGAUGCUUCACCCUAUACAGCAGAAUCCGGGACACCAUCAAGAAUGUGGAGGCACCUUCCCCACAGGCCUUCCUGGAGAUGCUCAGAAACAUUGAGGCCCUACCCCCGGGAGCGGAAGACCUGCCUCCAGAGCUGCUGGUGGAAAUCUUCGCCUCGCUCCCAGGCACAGACCUGGCCAGCCUGGCCCAGGCUUGCACCCAAUUCCGCAGCAUCCUGCACACCGACAGCAUCUGGAGAAGGCGCUGCAGGGAGGAGUAUGGCGUUUGUGAAAACGUUCAGGACUUGGAGGCCAUGGGUAUGUCUUGCCGAGAAUUCUAUACAAAGCUGCUCCACCCAUACAGAAAGAUUUUGGGAUUGUGGCGAGUCGAUGCAGAUGCCCGUAGUAGAGAGGUACUGAAGGUAGCGAUGGACGGAUUAUGCAUUACUGGUAAGAGGUUCGUGCCUCCUUUCUGUUACCUCAAUGUGGAUGCCUCAAAGCCAUGGAUGCUCUUGUUUAGAAUUCGCCUGAAGAGGAAAUCAGCCAAUGUGGAGUGCAUGAAACACUACACUAGGCCCCACAUUUGCCGCCUGAAGAUUCAGAAGAAGGGGUUCACCACCAAGAGUAACCACAGGAUGUCCGGGUGUAUCCAAAAGCAUUUACCACAAUGGGUGAAUGAAGAACGGGGUUCUCUGCUGCUACAGGACACACACGUGUUAAUGUACUGUAAUCCUGACUGCCUGACUUACCCCAUCUGCCGCCGCAGCAGACUCUACUUCCCACGGAGCUAUCAAGAUGACCUUAUCAGGCCAGGAAUCUUUGUAGACGUCUAUGAUGUCUACAGCCUGAAGCUUGCCUUCCUCAUCUUCUAUGGGAAUUACGCCAGGGCCACAAAUAUCAGGCGAGACCCCAUCUUACCUUUCUGA